AUGCUGGAGGAUGAGCAUAAGCCUAGUCGUCGCGUAUUCGACAUGUGCGAUUUGACUUACGCCUUCGCAGAGUGUGCUGUUCAUCACAUACCCAAACGGAAGUGUGAAGAGCUCGUUAAACGCGGAGUGCCAGUGAGAAUUUUGAAUUACUUCAUCGAAGAUCCUGAGAGAUUCGACCGCUUGACGAACGUUCAGUUGGGUCGGCUGAUUUGGAGUAUGUCGGUGUUGAGAUUACUCAGGAGCAAUGAUGCUGCUAAAGCAAUAACAGAAGCGUUACGCAAAAAUGAACGAUAUAAGAAUCUUACUGGGCGGAAUCUGGUGAGGGUAGCAGAAGCACUGAAAGGAAUAAAGCAAGUACAUCCGGGAAGGCGGCAUCUGGGAGAUCGGAUAAUGGGACAGAUAUUGCGACAAAGAAAUGAGCUGCAAAAAAUGGGCCUUUUAGUAGAAGGACUGCGCGCGGCGGGUGAACUGACUGUUGUAAACUCGGUGACACAGCAUAAGCUCGUCGAUCUGUUUCUCAAGGUAAUUGUACCACAAGCAGAUACUGCUCAACUGAUGGCGAUUCCAGGAUGUUUGGAUUCUAUAAAACUGGCAGACGAUGUGGUGUUCGAGGAGUGGGUUAAUAGAUUCCUCUUGAUGCUCACUGAAGGGCAGAGUGACGGCCUUCAUCUUUCGAAAGACGAUGAGGCUGGGGCGGCAUUUGGGAAAACUUUGAAAGCCCUUUGUCGUUUUCAAGUUGGACCCCCUGGCUUGACGAGCAGUGCACUGGGAAUAUUGACUAAGCGAAUAUCAGCCUUCGUCCGACAAGGAGAGGACGGCCAGGCGCCCCCCUUGUCGAACGGUGCAUUAAUCACCGUUAUUUGCGGUUUCCGCUCCCUCGGGCAUGAUUCCUGCGUAGGGAUGAGUCAGAAAAGAAUGAGGGAUCAUGCUGCUGAGUUGACACAACUGCUAACUGUUUGUUUCGAUGCUGUGAAGGUCAGCGCCUUGUCGAGUGAGGAGCUCUUGCGAUUAGCUGUUCGAGCUGCUGAUAUUAAUACUGGUAUACCUCAGAAGAGCUUCUCAAACUGCUCAAGGCCAGCGACGCUCUGGGUUGGGAUUGCGAUCGAGUUUGUAGAGCAAUAA